AUAUAUGAAAUCAAAAAAGUGACGCAAUGUAAGCAAAAAACGGAAUAAUAAUUAGUUGAGGAUAAAAAGUUUAAGUAUUUGGAGGGAACACAAUUAAGGACAACUGCAACUUAACAAGCAACUAGCAGCGCAGUAGAACAUGGUUUGCAUACUGCACGGAUAUUACCAACCACCGCAACUAAAAUUCUCACUAUCACCACCACCACCAAAAGCUAUCUUUGGUUCACCACACAACAUGCAAGCCAAAUCGAAUGAUCUACAAUCUUCCAAUUCAGUUAAGAGUGACGAUGAAUCCUCUUCAGUUGGCAUGUCGCGUUCCACGUCCGCCACUCGUAAUGAUGACAAUGAUGCUGCUUCCGAUUAUAAUCAAUGGCUGCAUGCUAUGAAACUGGUAGCUCAUUUACCCGGAGGAAUGCCACCUGAAUUCCGGCGUAAGUUGUGGCUGUCACUUGCAGAUAAAUAUCUUAAAUCAAAAAAUGUUGAUUGGACAAAGGAGGAGGAGAAAUGCUUCUGUGAGAAAUGGCGUGAAGAUGACGAAGAAUUGGGUAUACAAAUUGUGAAGGACUUGCAUCGCACAGGCUCUAAUUUAUGUUCCAUUAAUCAAGCCAAACUAAAGCGCAUACUGUUAGGUUAUGCACGCUACAAUCCUGAAGUUGGCUAUUGUCAAGGUUUCAAUAUGCUUGGAGCAUUAAUUUUGCAAGUUAUGGAUAAGCAAGAAAGUGAAUCAAUGAAGGUGAUGAUCUAUCUUGUCGAAGGCGUACUGCCUCAAGGUUACUUUUGUGGCUCAAUGGGUGGACUUCAAGCAGAUAUGGGAGUUUUUCGAGAACUCAUGCAAACUAAAUUACCGCGUCUAGCAAAGCAUUUGCAAAAACUGCAAGGCCCCAUCGAGCAUGCCUAUGAGCCACCACUAACGAACGUAUUUACGAUGCAAUGGUUCCUAACAUUGUUCUGCACCUGCCUGCCAAUGACUUGUGUGCUGCGAGUUUGGGACCUUGUGCUUAUUGAGGGUAGCGAUGUGUUGUUACGUACUGCUUUGGUGUUGUGGAGUUUACUAGAAGAACGCGUACUAAGUGCGCGAACUGCGGAUGAAUUCUAUUGUAAAAUGGGAUCCUUCUCUAGUGAACUUCUGAACGGCCACCUUAUCGAUUCAAAUGGUUUAAUUGAAAAGGUAGUACAACUUGGACCUAUUGCAGAUAUACAAAAGCUACGUGACAAACAUCUUUACAAUAUAACACCUUUAGGACAUAAGCAAGGUUUACAGCUAUAUUUCGACGGUGAAGAGCCACAAACUGAUGAGGAAUCGCAUUUAGCGGUCGCUACAGUUUGGGAUAAGAAUAAGGAACUGGAUUACUAG